GUUAUGUAUUCUGGUGAGGAUAGCAGUUUGGUUUAGUCUGCAUUAUGUUAUUACCUUUAUUAUCUGCACUCUAAUCCAUGCAUUGGAGUGUUCCCUAUAUACUUUGCUGUAUAUUAAACACUACAGCACAGUUGGUUGCCAAAGGGCCACAGUCACAUGCUUUCCAUCCUACCUCACUUUUUCUUGAAUGGGACAACGUCAGCCCACUGGACUGAAACUGAACCGCCGGAACGCACAGUCUGUGGGAUUUGGUCACAGACGCGCACUGAGAACGCACGGAGCAAGAACUGCACUGGAUGGAGUGACAUCUGAACCACGUUGCGUUUAUUAUUCAUUUGUGAUGUUGAGCCUCCUGUUGACAUAGUCCGACUGUCGUGCGAUUUGUUUUUUGACGGACACGGAGACUGGAUGCCCUUAGGCUGGAAUUUGCGCCAUGGAGCUUUAUGGAAGCAACGGGACAAUUUUUCUUAUAAAACAAAACCAAGCUUCGGCUGACUGUGUCUCAUUAUUUAAAAGAGCUGCUGAUGACUUUAAUAAGCUGACAGAGGAUUCCUGAAAUCACCGAGUUUGGGACAAAUAAACAGGAUAGAGCUCACAUUCAGCCAUUACACUAAGGAAUUUCCACUUCCUCUUCAGCUCUGCAGCCCGGAUGAUGUCAAAUCUAAUCCACAAAGUCAAGGGGGCAAAUGCCUGACCCAGGGGGAAUUCACAACAAACAUCUCAAGCUUCAUCACAUGUCAGAGGAUACAAUGAUGGAGGAAGAGAAGGAGAUGAAAUGCUGGAGCAAAGACGCCUCCUAGAUUCUACUAUUCUGGAUACGAUGUAGCUCUAACCUUCAGCAUGACAUAACCUCACGCUCCCAAAUCCACACAUGUUCCAGGAUGGAUCUCAUGAACUUUACAACUGUCAUUGACAGCGGGUUUUUGGAUGAGGCACCAUCAAGCCGCGUCCUAACUGGGUGUUUCCUGUCUUUGCUCAUUCUCACCACCUUGUUGGGAAACACUCUAGUUUGUGCUGCUGUCACCAAGUUUCGCCAUCUGCGAACUAAAGUCACCAAUUUGUUCGUGAUCUCGUUGGCAGUGUCAGACCUCUUGGUUGCCAUCUUGGUGAUGCCGUGGAAGGCGGUGACAGAGAUCGCUGGGUUCUGGCCUUUUGGCUCCUUCUGUGACACCUGGGUGGCUUUUGACAUUAUGUGCUCCACAGCGUCCAUUUUAAAUCUUUGUGUGAUAAGUCUGGACCGUUACUGGGCUAUCUCAAGCCCCUUCCGCUAUGAGAGGAAGAUGACACCCAAAGUGGCCUACGUAAUGAUCGGUGUUGCCUGGACACUGUCUGUUCUCAUUUCCUUUAUUCCGGUGCAACUCAACUGGCACAAAGCCCAGACUACAUCUUACACCUCUGUCACUGGCUCCUCUGGCUCUCUGAGAUCGAAUGCUACAUCCUACAGCCCCCCAGAAAACUGUGACUCCAGCCUGAACAGGACCUACGCAAUCUCCACCUCUCUGAUAAGCUUUUACAUUCCAGUGGUCAUCAUGGUGGCCACCUACACCCAGAUUUACCGCAUUGCCCACAGACAGAUCAGGAGGAUCUCUGCCCUGGAGCGAGCAGCAGAAAGUGCCAAGAACAGACACGACAGCAUGGGCGGAGGGUCCAGCAUCGCAGAGUCCGAGAGCUCUUUUAAAAUGACGUUCAAAAGGGAGACAAAGGUGCUGAAGACACUGUCAGUGAUCAUGGGGGUGUUCGUGUGCUGCUGGCUACCAUUUUUCAUCCUCAACUGCAUGGUGCCCUUCUGUGAAAAGUCCAGCGGAGGGGAGGCGUUCCCCUGUAUCACCACCACCUUUGAUGUGUUCGUCUGGUUCGGCUGGGCUAAUUCCUCUCUCAACCCCAUCAUCUAUGCCUUCAAUGCAGAUUUCCGCAAGGCCUUCUCCAUCCUGCUGGGCUGCCACAGACUGUAUCCAGGAGGCCACAACAUGGAGACGGUCAGUCUAAACAAGAAAUGACUCACGACUCUCUCACAGGACUGACUCAUCCCUAAUAAGAGUCCAAGCCGUCCUGCUGAGGCCGGCCUGAUUGACUCCAAAUGAGGACAUUCCUCUUUGUGCUAUAUGUACCCAUGUUUGCAUCAGGCGAGUGGCCUUGUCUGACUCUCAGUGUGAGCUUGCCUGGUUUCCACACUGUCUUCAGAUGGAAGGAUCUCCCUUGACGAUGCAAGGGGAUUUGGGGAUUGAGAUUAAGUCUGUUUCUGUUGUACCAGGGAGCUGGGAGCACAGCGGUGCUGACACGCCCCUGGGAUAGAUAAUCCCCUGACUGGGCAGCCUGCACCCUAAUGCUGUCAGACACUGCUCUCUUCAAUAGCAUCACACACACGUACACAAACACAAACACUGUCAAAACAGGCUCCUCCAAAUGCAGUGUAACUGCAGUACACAGCAUUCUCACAACAGCAAACGACAUGGCCGCAAAUAGAAACGUUACUCAUUAGGUUAACUUCCUGUGCAAGGAUCAGUUAUAGCGUCGACCUAAAUCAUGUUUCCACACAAAUGAACCUGUAGGUAAACCACAUCCACGAGUGACUUAGCAUUAAAGCUAGAACAGAAACCAAUUUGAUUUUACAUUCAGGCUUAUUUCUGUCAAUGUUGUGAUUUUAGAGAUUUGGAAACUGAAGUGUACUGGCAUAAACAUCAGACAGGACAUUUUUUUUUUUUUUUUUUGGAGUUCAUCCCAAUGUCAUAUCAUCAUAACUUCAAAUUUAGUCAACACACACCUGAUAAAUUAUUUCUGUAUCACUGCUUAGAGUGGUUUUAUGGAUGCGUCUCACAUUACUUUGUGCCGCCUGUAUUUUUCAUAAACAGCAGCUGAUGACCUCUUUUAAGGAAAAAGCAGAGACUGAAACAAAAAGGUUUGCUUGACUUGUGGUGUCUUGGAGUGUUGUGCUGGAAUCGCAGCUUUAAUCCAUCUAAUUAUGUUGGAGUCCGUUCAUUUUAAUUUAUUGAUUAAAGUAAAACCAUUAAAAUAUCUUUCUGGUUUAUUA